CAAGCUUGUGAUGCUUUGAGGGCCACAUUGCUGAACUUGUGCCGCUGCGUUCCGCUGGCAUGAGCCCGUGGCUCCAGCUGCGCCAUGGCAGAAGUUCCCGUGCUGCGGGUGGGGCCGCACCUCCGCCACGCGAGGCGGAGGUUGCCAUGCUUGUCUGCGAGAGUGGUGGGCAUUAGCUGUGCAAUGACCAUGGUGGCUGCGUGGUGCUUUGUCUCACCCAGCCAGACGCCGGAAGGCCGCAGAGCUGUGGUACCUGGCCGCAGGGCCGAGGCUACCCUGAAGAAUGUGGAGACAGGCGCCCUGGGCAGCGGCGGAAGCGGUGCGCUGCCGCGCUUCGAGCCGCGAGAAGUGGGCAGUGCCGAGCAGCUCAUGCUCAGCAGAAUGCCGGAGGGGCACUUGAUCACUACCCAUACCUCAUUGGCACUUCUUCAGGGCGUUGCAGAUGGGAAGAAGUUGGAAAAGGCAUUGCAUUGGGCCGUCAUCCGGCACCCCAUGCUGCGGGCGGCCGCAGUGGAGCCCACGGUACGGGCGAAGGAUACAGGUCCUUUCUUUCAUGGGGGGCAAGAUGGAAGGUGGAUGUGGGCACCCACCAACCUCACCAAGGAGGAGAUCGUUCAGCGGGCACUCUCUGUGGAAGAUGUCGCCGGAGACUUUGAUGCGAAGUGCAAAGAAUACUUCGAACAGUCAUUGGAUCGGAGCACCUUCGACUUCCAGGAGGGUCCGCUGUGGAAACUACGCCUUCUACGCCAAGGUGGCUUUCGGGGCCCCUUGGGCGGCCGCAGCGCCUUGUUGUUCAGCUUUGUGCACUCGAUCGACGACCAGAAGAGCGCGAACAUCCUUUUGCACGACAUCCUCUCCAACCUGCAGGAGGAAGGUGAUGUGGCCGAUCCAGAGCCAGCAGAGUUACCGGCUUCACUGGAGGAUGUGUUCUUAAAAGAUGACUUGGAUGUUCAGAAGCUUGCUGGAUACGCGCUCUCCCAGGCGGAGGCCGGUGCGGUGCCCUUCAUGAAGAUCCCCUCGGCCUUGCGGUCCGUGGAGCGGAACGUCCGAAAGAACUUUGGCCUCAGCCCCAGGCAGCCUGUCGCACAGGAUCGGCCAGGGACGGUGCCCACAGCCCCUGCCACUGGAAAUGCGAAGCUUCUAUUAUCAGAGGCCUUGUCACCGGAGAGCGAUUUUUGGGCAGCACGCAGACAGAACCUGGUUAGCUUCUGCUCCCUUCCAAAAGACAAAGUGUCCAUCUUGCUCCAGCGAUGCCGUGACAACAAUGUCACAAUGUCAAUGGCAGUGGCAACAGCAGCCUUGCUUGCUGCCAGCGACGUUGCAAACGAUGACCUUGAUUUUGCCUAUGAAGCCUAUCGCUUGCUGCUGGGUGUUGAUAUGAGACGUUUUGCUCCAGACGGUGAUUGGACCCAAGACACCAUGGCCUACGCCUCAGGUGCCCUGGACUUCAGCUUGCGCUUGUUGCCGAAAUCAGGCGAAGCCUUUGCACGGGAGCAUGCCAAUGAAUCCUUGCGCACGCGCAUCGGAGGUGUUCCGUUCUGGGACUUGGCUCGUGCUUCUGCACACGCGGUGACGCAAUGGGUGGAGAAAGGCUACGCGGCUGAAUCGACCAGACUCUUCGACAUUGGCGUCCGACUACUCCGGAUGGACACCAUCAUCCAAGAGACAGCGAACGAUCCCAACACGAUCGGCAGAGCAUACUCGGUCACGGUGUCCAAUGCUGGAGUGUAUGGCUUGGGGCCCAAAGAUGGCCAAUAUGGGAAGUUGAGAUUGGACAAAAUCUACUUUGGCAUCUCGGCAGCCAUCAGCGGCUCGUUGAUGAGCGCCUCCUCCUUGACGGUGAACGGUGACCUGUUGAUCACUGCAGUGAGCUGUUCGCCCUUGGUGAAUCGCUCGCAGAUGGAUCGCUUUGCAGAGUCCAUGGUGGGCUCCUUGGAGGUUGCUGCCUUGCAGAAGAAGCCCUUGUCGAGGAAGGGCACACCUUUGGUGGACAAUCCGAUCGAUCCUCGUGGCCAGCAGCCCUGGUACUAUUUGCUUGAGACGCCGAAAGGCAGUCUUCAGUGCCCUCAGUACGAAGAGGUGAAGAGCGCCACUAUGCCUGCCUUCGAUGUCGACAAGUAUGUCGGUGUUUGGUACGAACUUGCCUUCCACGACAUUACUCAAUGCAAUGGAUGUGGUUGCACCCAAUUCAACAUGACUCGGCAUGGCAACGUGAUCGAGGACAUGUUCACUGUCACCUGUCCAUGGCCAUGGAAGAAGGGUGUGGACGGACCCUGGCUACCAGGAUACAAUGUGAAUGGAAACCGGCGCAUGAACAUGUGGACCUGCAACAUGACCAUGUACUACAAGCCUCAAAAUCCGGGUGUGAUGUUGGAGACGGGCUUCGGCCAAGAGUUUGACAACAUGGUGCUGGAAAUCUGGAGCGAUCCUGAGAUUACGGCAAAGACAGGGUAUGAGUACACCAGAUCCAUCCAAUUCCAAUGCCUAGGUUCGGAACGUGAUGGGAUCACCUUCACUGGGAUCAACUUCUUGUCUCGAACGCCUAUCGUGGAGCCAUGGAUGAUGCAGGAGAUGUUUGUGCGCGCCCGCGCCCUGGGUUUAGAGCCCUAUGGCUCCAACGACAUGCACAUCGUCGAGCAUGCCGGGUGCCGAUAUCCCAAAUCCACCGCCCAAUCCUGGAUGGGCGACCGCCCUGAGUGGCCCUUCCCCGUGGCGGCGGGCGACUUCGGCGCGGAGAUCUAAGCCGAGCGGAGCGUCGGAGCCCACCUUUGGUCGCCACGUGGGAGGGCGGCUGUUGGGAGCCUGGUUGGGGAGAGGCUGGAGUAGAAGAAUGAUG